AUGGCAUCGAAUUCUGAUAAAAUGAUUCCCAGACCCAGAAAGUCGAUCACGCUUCAAAACAAAAUAAUUGUUUUAGACCGGCUCGCAAAUGGUGAAACGGCUGCAUCCAUUGGCAGAUCUCUGUCAUUGAAUGAGGCAACUAUCCGAACCAUUAAGCGAAAUGAAUCUCGUAUCAGACAGGCAGUCUCGAAUGGCACGGAUUCCUCGUCUAAACGAGCAGCCUAUACCCGAAACGUUGCUGUUGAUAAAAUGGAAAAAGCAUUACUUGUGUGGAUCGAAGACAAUGCACAAAAAAGAAUUCCAAUUAACGCGGAUAUAAUUAGACAAAAGGCAUUACGUCUUUACCAUCUUUUGGAGAAUGAGGAAGCAUCAAGCAGUAAACGUACUGAAUUUAAAGCAAGCAAGGGUUGGUUCUACAAAUUCAUUCGGAAGAACAACGUUCGAAAUGUGCAAGUCAAAGGCGAGUGCGCAUCGGCGGAUACUGUUGCAGCUCGGGAAUACCCAGCAAAACUGUUGACAAUUAUUAAACAAGGAGCAUAUCACCCAGACCAGGUGUUCAACGCGGACGAAACAGGUCUGUUCUGGAAAAAAAUGCCGAACAGAACAUAUCUAGCUGCUGCUGAACGUCAAGCGCCAGGAUUCAAAGCUGCAAAAGACCGAGUCACACUGCUGUUUUGUUCGAACGCAUCUGGCGAUAAAAUAUUGAAACCGCUACUGCUUCAUCGGGCAAUGAGACCCAGAUCGAUGAAAGGAGAAGAUUUCGAUACGCUGCCUGUGCACUGGAGAAGUAAUCCUAAAGCUUGGGUUACUAAACCAAUAUUUGAAGAGUGGUUUAAAGAACUUUUCAUUCCGGAGGUUCAGAAAUACCUGGAAAACAAAGGAAUGAAGUUCAAAGUUCUCUUGAUAAUAGACAACGCUCCAGGACAUACCGCACCUCAACAUUCACAAGUACAAAUAGUUUUUCUGCCACCCAACACUACAUCAUUGAUUCAACCAUUAGAUCAAGGCAUUAUUUCAACCUUUAAAAAGCUAUAUAUUAAACAAACGUUUAAUUACAUAUUGGAACAGUUGGACAAAGACCAAUCUAUGACGGUAAUUACAGCAUGGAAAACGUUUUCGAUGCGGGAAUGCGUGCGUUUCAUUGGUACAGCGUUAAAAGCUAUGAAAAACUCUACACUAAAUAAUUGUUGGAAAUCAUUAUGGCCAGAAUGUGUUGAACAUGAUGGAAAAACGUUAUUUGAUGAUCGAGAAAUUAUUUUACUAGCGCAUGCAGUAGGAGGUACAGGUUUUGAUAAUUUUACCUCCUCGGAUAUUAAUGAAUUGCUGGAAGACACUGUUAUAUCCGAUGAGGAUCUGUGUACCGAUGUAAUAGACGACGUUGAAGAAGAAGAAGAAGAAAUUGGACAAAUGAAUGCCGAUCAAAUUAGAAAAGGUAUUGCAAUGUGCAAUGCAGCAGCUGCUCACUUUAUCAAUGUGGAUCAUAAUACUGCAAGAGCUAUAUCAUUUAGAAGUGACAUGAAAUAUUGUAUUGCUAGAUAUGAAGAGGAGUUGAAAAACCUCGAAAAAUCAACAGUUACAGAGACUUCCUCUCUACGAGAUUCUCGGUCAAACGAUGACGAAGUUGAAAAUUUAACAUGUACUAUUCCAGGGCGAAGGCGUCGUGUUAUUUACGACAGCGAUUAA